GUUUGUCGUUGUGGACUCCAGCCUGUUGAGGGAAGACGGAUUGAAGAAGCGAGUGGAUGGUUUGAAGCGUGUGCUAGAGGCAGUUGAAGUUAUCGAGCCUUCAUGACAAUAGAUCCACAACCUACCGUUUGAGCGACUGAACGACAAGUUCACGGUCGAAAUAUAUCGUGUUGGUGAUUUGACGAGGAAGGAAGUCGAGGGACUUGAAAAGAGAGAAGGUUGAAACCACAAUGGAUCUUGAAUACCCGCCUGUGGAUUAUAGCAUGGAAAACAUCGAGUUCUUCCCAGCCAAUGAGCCAAUGCGAAAGGGUUACAUCCCCCACCCUUUAAAGCUGCAGAAGUUUGAUCCUGACUUGGAGCUAUGCAAGGAGAUCAGCCGUCUGAACCGCAUCUUGCCUGUGUGUGGAGGGGAGGGAAGCAAUGACCGUUGUGUGCCUGUCAGUAACAUGCGGAAGGUGCCCUCUAUUUCUGACCUAUCCGAUGAAAGUCUGGACAUUCCGAGCACCCAGGUGCCACCUCUUACCCCGGGCACCACCCAGAAAAUGUCCCAGGCUGUGAUGGUCAGCUUCAAGGCCUUUGAGAAAGAUCAGCAGAGAUUCAACAUUCCCAAAGAUCCAGCCCAGUGGGAGGUUGGUCAUGUCAUCCAGUGGUUAAACUGGGCGAUUCGAGAGUUCACCCUCGAGGGUGUUGUUGUUGCAAACUUUGCCAUGAAAGGAAAAGAUCUGUGCAAGUUAACUAAGGAGGAAUUCUUGAACAGAGCUCCGCCGUUUAUUGGAGAAAUUCUAUGGGAGCACCUGGAUGUGUUGCAGAAAGAUGCAGUGCAGGAGCGGGCAUCCCUGUGUAAUGCUCCACCAAACUACAGCGAGCCAGUGUGUAUGCCAGAGUUCAACGAUGGGCUACUGUCUCAAGGUUAUGGCCCAGGGCAUGAGCAGACUGUGGCUCCUCUACAGAACAACCCCCACUUCAUGGAAGGUUCAUACCAGAUUUCAGAGUCUCUCCAGACCUUAAACGAAAUGAACGGCGAGAACCUGAUUACAAACGGUUACGAUGACACAUCUGACUACCAGAGUUUGGAGGGUGGCCAGCCCAAUGGUUACCAUGAGUACAACCAUGAGUUCUACCCUCUUGUCGCCGAACACAAGUACCGACCACACAUUCCAGGGAAAGCCAUUUGUCGAGGUCAGUACAUGCCAGAGUCACCUGCAGGGGACUACUAUGAGCAGACUUAUCACACCGUUCCGAACAUCAAGACAGAGUGUCCAUGGUCUGCCCAGGAAUACGGUGGUCAGGAACUUGGUGACGCUUGGCAUGGCAAUGACCUCCGUGCCAGCCUGGGUCAUGGUGGGUUCAGAGGUCUCCAGCCAGGUUGUCUGGACGCUGUUGCUGGACCGGAUGGCAAACCUGUCAUCCAGGCCGCAGCACUGGCCGGCUAUUCUGGAAGUGGUCCAAUCCAGCUGUGGCAGUUUCUGCUGGAACUCCUCACGGACAAGACCUGCCAGCAUUUCAUCAGCUGGACCGGUGAUGGUUGGGAGUUCAAGCUCUCUGACCCUGAUGAGGUGGCCAGGCGCUGGGGCAUUCGCAAAAAUAAACCCAAGAUGAACUAUGAAAAGCUCAGCCGAGGACUCCGCUAUUACUACGACAAAAAUAUCAUUCACAAGACCGCUGGCAAGCGCUACGUGUACCGAUUUGUUUGCGACUUGCAAAGCCUGCUGGGAUACACCCCUGAGGAGCUGUUUGAGGCGUGUGACAUCAAGCCGCAGAAGGAUAAGGAUGACGAGUAAAGCCUUGAAAACAAGGGUGGAUUGGUUGUGCUCUGACACGCAUAUUACUGGCCAUCUAUGCAUUUAGGACUCUAAACCCAUCGAGUAUUGUCAUGUCCCUUGCUCAUAAACUUCUCUUAACUUUGCACCAAAUGGCCUUAAAAUGCAAAAAGGGACUAUCAAAUGUCAGCCAAGGGCAUAGAUGCAUCAGCGGGCUGUUUACAGCCCAGAAAAGUGCACAGCGCAAUGUUUGACGUUACUAGUUGCCAUACAACCCAUUCGUAGUGGUAUCAAGAGCUAGCGCUCUGGCUUAACAAGUUCAUGUACUCAGUUACUCUCUGCAUAAGAAGUCUAUUUCUUCAUCAGUUGUUAGUUGAUUUUAGUUGUUAAGAAUACUGUUAAAUCAUUUCCAUUGUGUUUGUUCUUUGCGACUGUUUGAUUUGCUCGUAAUUGAUGUACUUGAGUGGUGCUGCCCUAGAUAAAGGGAGAUUACUUUUUGCAACUUCAUGUAUGGGCCUUCUGAAUUUUAUCAAUGUCAUUGGAUGAAGUUUUGUUGCCUCAUAGGUUUUUUGAAUCAUUGUCACACUUUUUUUCUUCUUGGUUUAUGCCAAUUUUCCGGUGCUUAAUUUUUCAGGUCACCACACCACAAAUACAAUCAAUUUUCAUUUCUUACCAUUUUUUUUUUCUUAGCUUAUAGUAUUGAACAAUGAUUAAGGCCACUUUGUAUUAUUGUUUUACUACUGCGCACAUUUUUUUGCAAGUGCUUGAUGACGUUUAGAAGCUGUGCGCUUGUUUUGCAUGAUCGAUCACCAUCAUCAGAAUACGCAUCAAUUAGACACCCUUAGCUAGCUGCCUGUGAUCCGUGUUUGCACAAAUUAACAUAGCUGGAUUUUGUAUUGGUCUUAACACAGCAUAAGAAUUUCACACAUUAUCAUAUUUUAUCUAAAGAAUUCAUGUUUGAAUAUUCCCUUCAUUUUUAAGUGCUAAUUGAAAUAAGUUUUUUCCAUUUGGUGUCUUUAUCAGUAAUUGAAGUUUAUAUAUUUUCUGACCUUUGUUAAAUCUCUUGUACAUCUCAAUGGAAUUUUCUUUAACAUCAGCCACAUUUUUAUAUAAUUGUCACAUCUUAGAAAUUUUAUGCCUCCAUUGCAAAGUGUCUGAAUUUUUAAACCAGAUGACUGGUGGUUGUGAACUGCUAAAAUUGGCCAAACUAAGACGGUUUCAAAACUAAAUGUAAUGUGCACCAUUUAAUGCAGUGCCUCUUACCAACAAAAUUGUAAUGGUAGCAAGGCCAUUUUAUGGUCCUCAUAAAAGAUUCUUCAUUUUGUGUUCUCAAUGGAAAAUGAAUCUCCUCCGCCCAACCCCUCAGAUGUAGCCAUUCAGAAUUUACAUUACAGGGACUCCCUUCUGUGGUUUAAGAAGCCUUGAUGCAGCUUUACGGCUGUGGCCUUCUUGUGUCUGGCUGUUUGAUUGGUCUGACCAGAGCCUGUUAUUUUUAUAUACAAUUCUGUGUGACGUUUUAUAGCUAGAUAUACUGUAUACUUUAUAUAAUGUUUUGUAUGGUGUUAUAAUGUAUAUACGGACAUAACAAAUUUAAAUAUAGCUACAUGUUAAAAGAGAUGGUUAUUAUUUUGCUGUUGAUUCAAUGUCACAUGUUCAAAAUUGGCUUUAAAAGCUGCUUGUGGUUGAAAGUUUAUGUUAAGGACAUCUACAUAAUGACGUAAUCCAAACCUUAAAUAGGACUUGAUUAUCAUUUGUUAAGAGAAAAGAACUAACAAAUAAGGUGCCUUUUGUCAAAUACUUCAUUUCUCAAUAUCAUUUUUCUAAUUCAUUUUUCUUAUGUCUUCCACGUAGAACAGCACUCUACACUUCUACUUCUUCAGGUUUGACUGUACUAUCCUUUUCUUCUUUACUCUCAGAACUUAGCUGCUUAAUAUUUCUUAAAUAUUGGAUUUGACAAACCUGUUAAUUCUUUUAUACUUGUUUCAAAGAAAAUCCUAUUUUGUCCUGGUUAGUAUUCUUUGCUAUUUAUACAAAUUUUUAUCAGUCAGAGGUUAUUGCAUGAUCAAAUGGAGAUCACAUGAUCAAACCUAUUGUAUUUGCAUUGUUAGUUGACAAUGCUUCUUUGUAAAUAAAUACCGUACAUAAAAGAUGAAUGUCUAACAAAAUUAUCUUUGUAUUCAAUUUUAAACAGAAAUUUGGAGAGAAACCUUUUUGAGUCCCUAUCAACAAGUUGUAACCAUGUUUGUACUUAUUGUCACAGAUACUUUCGUACAUAAAACUUCACAA